CUUCCAUUCCCACCGACACACGACCGAAACCUCCCUGACAGAGCGGUCCCCCGUUGAACGCGUACGCGACCCCAAAAAAACCCGACGAAAAAAAAACAAAAGAGAGAAAAAAAACAACCAAAAAGAACAACCCGUUAAACCAAAAGUUCACACUAAACCCCAAACCUAACUCAAAUCAUAAGUUUGGUGCAUCGCCUGUGUUUAUUAUUCAAAAGGACUCUACAAUAAAUUUAAUUAUGAAGUACGUGGCAGUUGUACUGUGCGCUGUUGCGCUCCACCAGGUAUUGUCAAUGCCAGUUGCUGAGCAGGAGCCACUGGGAGUGGUGCCAUUGGAGAGCCAGCAGGUACUCAGGAGAGAGGCAUCAGAGGUGUCUCAGCACAAGGAGAAUGAGACACCGGCAGAGCAUGCCGCGCAUCAGGAAGCAUCAGCGAGAGGUGUUGACGAGGUCAAGGCUGAAGCUAAGCCAGAUGUUGAGAAGACAGAAGAAGCUAAGCCCGAGCUGGUAAAGAUUGCUGAGCCAGUGAAGGCUGAAGAACCCGAGAAGAAGGAGGAGAUCCAGAGUGCUGAGCCCCAGCAGGCUGCUAAAUCAUCACCAAUUGAGCCUGCUGCAGUGCCUGCUGUACCAGCUGUGCCUGCUGCACCAGAAGCUGCUGCUGUCGAUGUCAAGCCGGAAGCCGUUGCUGAAGUUAAGGGUGCACCGGUAGAAGAACCAGUCCAGAAGAUCGCAGAGGCCUCACCGGCCGUCAAGGCUGAGGUCCCUGUUGCGCCUGCUGUAGCAGCAGCAUCAGAGCCAGCUGCCGCUGAAGAGAAGAAGCCCGAGGCUGUCAUUAGUGAAGAGGCUAAACCAGUUCAGGAGCAGAAGGAAGCCAAAGCUGCCAAUGUAGAUCGUGUGACUCGUGGCACUGAAGAUGAAAAACCAGCACAGGCACCGGUUGAGGCGCCAGCAGCCUCAGUCCCUGUUCCAGAAGUAGCUGCUGCUGUAGCCGAGCCAGAGAAGGAGGAGAAGAAAGAGGAGAAGAAAGUCGAGGCCGUCGAAGUGGCCAAGGAGGAGGAGAAGAAGCCAGAGGGUGAGACUAAGCUAGAGAAAACAGUUGAGGACAAGGCAGUGAUCAAGGAGGAGCCUGUGGUGGCAGCAAUUGAAGCUGCUGAAGAGCCAAAGAAGGAAGGCGAGAAGGAAGUAGCUGUGCCAAUCCAGGGUAAAUCAGACGAGCCAAUUGUCGAGACUAAGAGAGCAGCCGAAGGGAACGUUGCAGUGGCCGAGGACAAGCCAGCGGACAAAGCCCCUCUGGCCAAAUCCGAAGAUAUCGUUGAGGCUAAGCCUGAGGCUGUUAAGGAGGCAGUACCAGAGCCUCUGAAACCCGUUCAAGAACCAGCCACGGCUGUCGAAGAGAAGAAAGAGAAUAGCAGCGCUGAGGACAAGUCAAGCGAAGAAUCCGGUCUGAAGAAAUCAGCUGACGCUUCAUCAGAGGAGUCGAAGGAGUCGAAGGAGUCGAAGGAGGUCAAGAAAGAGGAGAACAAGGCUGAGGAAUUACCCAAACCCCAGGAACUCGAGGAGAAGAAGGAAUGAUCUUCAGUAUCACCUCAAUCAUCAGAUGAAAAAUUAUUUUAUUAAUUCUCCAUCCAACUCAAAAUGUGUGAUUGAUACUUGUUACGAUUGCCUCACAUGAAUGAUUCUCAUUACGAGACUAGAGUACGAAUGUAUUCACUUGACUGAUUGAUCAUUUUUUUUUUAUAAACGAAAGAAUGUGGAAUUCUUUUCUUGUUUGGAUACUAUUUUUUUUCGAUUGAGAGAUUGUCAUGGCGAGGCGUUUUGCCACUUUCCCUGGCGCGAUACGACCUCGGAUAAGAAAAUAUAUCACGAAACAAUAUUUUUUUUUCUUCGCAUUGAUCGAAUUAAUCGUUUUACCGAGCUCGAACCACCCGGGAUGGUGGCAUUUUUGAUGAUAUUUCGUCGCUCUUCGUCGCAAUUUUCCCCCUGUGCUGUAAUUUUUCUUUCUCUGCGGUUUCUCUUAUCCAAGGUCAAUUUCCUUCCCAUCACCUCCUCCCACUUCCUUACCCCUCCCGGACAUUUAUUGUUUCUUUAGAUGCUACAUGUCAACAUUAUUGAAAAUAUUAUUUUACAAUUAAACGAAAAAUAAAAGUGAAAAAAAAAGAA